AUGUUUUCAACAACUAAUGUAAAUCCAUCAGUAGUAUCAACUUCUGCCGUUGUUCACCCUAAUUAUCAAAUAAUGAAUACACCAAAUAAUCAUCAUACAUUUGUUUCAUCGUCUUCAACAAAUCCUUCUUGGCAUUUAACAGCUCCAACAUCAUCAGCUGUUUCAAAAAUCAAUAAAAAUUCAUCAACAUAUUAUAUUACAACACAACCAUCAUCAACACCGAAUAAUAUUAUUCGUCAGUCUUCACAAACAGUACAUCUCGUCUCACCAUCCUAUACAUUAAUCAAUAAUAGUAAUACAACAAUAACUGGACAAGGUCCGACAAUAUCAAAUUUAAAUAAUAAUAAUAAUAAUUUUCAAACGGGUACUUGUAUUGAUAAAUCUACACUUGGACGAUUAGCGACAUCAACAAUUCAACGACAAAUAAUUUUAGAAAAUAUCGAAGAAAAGACAAAUGACAUUGAUACACAAAAUAAUCAACAAGAUCCUGAAAUAGAAUUAUUUGUAAAUAAUAUUGUUUGUACAUUUGCACUUGGUUGUAAAUUGAAUCUACGGAAAAUUGCUAUGGAAGCAGCAAAUGUCAUUUAUAAACGUGGCAAUGCUAUGUUAUUGAUGAAGAUGCGAAAUCCAUAUUGUUCAGCCAACCUCUGGUCAUCGGGCAAAGUGACAGUAACAGGAACAACGAGUGAGGUUGAUGCACAACGUGCGGCACGACGUGUUGCUCGAUGCUUACAACGACUCGGAUUCAACACCAAAUUUCGAAACUAUCGUAUUGUCAACUGUCUUGCAACGUGUUCAAUGCCAUGGACAAUUGAUAUUGUUAAACUAAGUCGUUUGUAUCCUGAAUGUGUCAGUUAUGAACCUGAAAUUCAUCCAGGUGCUACAGUCAGAUUGAACAAUAGAGCCGUUCUCAAAGUUUUUACCACUGGAAGUGUAACAUUGACAGCACCAUCUGUUGAUGUUAUCAAUACGGCAGUAAAUGAUUUCUAUCCUCAAUUAUUUGAAUGUCGAAAAAAUAAUCGUAAUACUAAUGAACAACGCCAAUAA